AUGCUCCAAGUCCCUGUCAGGAAUGGCACAGGGAGUGCUGCCUCAACCAAGGCUGUCAUCCUGGUUGGGGGACCUUCUCGUGGCACUCGCUUCCGGCCCUUGUCGUUAGAUGUUCCCAAGCCUCUCUUCGAUGUCGCUGGCCAUCCAAUAAUCUGGCACUGUCUGCGUGCAGUUGCAAAAGUUCCUGGAAUCCGAGAGGUCAUCCUGGUCGGUUAUUACGACGAGGCUGUGUUCCGUGAUUUUAGCCGCGAUGCAGCGAAAGAAUUCCCACACAUACGGAUUCAAUACCUGCGAGAAUAUCAGGCUCUAGGAACCGCUGGCGGUCUUUACCACUUCCGAGAUGCCUUUUGA